GGGUUUUUUAUCUCUGGGGUGGCGCUAGAAGUAAAUGCAAAGGAUUUAUGGGAAGAAUUUGAUCAAGUGGUUGGUGCACAAUGACUGACCCGCAUGGUGGAUGGAGUGCGGAAGCACACUCCAUCCGUUCUAUAGUUUUUUUGAUGAGUCUCACGUGUAUUUCGGUUACAUGAGAGUCCCUGUGAGAGCCUUCGUGCCCUAACCCAUACAGUGUGAUAAAUGUACAUUGUUUUGUCAUGGGUCAAGUGUAUGUAGACGGGAGGAGCAUGAUAUGCCAGCUGAGCCUAAAUGCUGUAAUUGUGGUGGUGAACGUGCACCUAUAAUUUCUGCAGUGUUCUGUUUGGGUGAAUGAGUGCCGUCCAGAAUGUCUCCUAUCUGGAGGCGUUGAGAAGAAAGGAGUGAAGUUGAUGAAGUAAUGGUGGUAGGAGCAGAGACACCAGAUGAUGUUCCUUGUCAACAGAGAGAUCCUGACAUGUUGCACGUUAAGAAGGUGGACUUUUUUAGCGGUUAUUACUUUGGUUAUCAACUGCACAGCGCAAACGGAGAGGAAAUCUGAGAAAACAGGCACCAGGAGUGCAGCUGAGCGGUUUUUGGGACUCAGGGACUUCUCUGCAGAGCCAUUACAAGGAAUCCUAUCGAUGAAUCCUCACAGGCACCUGUGUAGAGAUGGGAUUUGAAUAUGACUGAAGGAGUGGGAUGGUUGUUUUAAUGGUUUUUGUAUUAUCUCGGAUACCCCCUUCCCACAAUGGAGUAUAUUAUGUUAUGUACCCGGUACAGUAGGUGGCGGCGAAUCACCACUAGGCGUCGACUGCCAUUCAACUUUAAAGAAGAAGAAGAAGAAGAAGAAGAAGAAGAAAGACGAAGACGGAAACCGAUAUAAUCCGCAGUUCAUCCACCCACGGAGAAAGCAAGGACAUGGGAGUAGUUCAGCUAGUGACUUAUUAAAGUAGCUAGCAGCGCAUCGGCGUUGUUUUUCCAUUAGUUUUAACCAGUUGGCUAACCAGCUAAACUCCGUGAACGUUCAUCAGAACCGGGAGCAUGGCGUUAAUGCUGUUGACGCGGUCUCGCACCCCGUUAAUGAAAACAUCUCGGUCCUUAAAGAGCGAGUUCCGCAAAGGGAAGCUUCAAGAUGGCUCCUGUUUCAGCUGUACAUCUCUCAGACUCUCCAGUCAAAGAAUGGAUGGUGAUAGGCUGGUGGUCCGAGGUGGGAGCUUGGCUCCGCCCUCCUUCCUAGUCCCCUCACUGCAUACGGCGUCAGACGGCUAUAGGGUUCCAGGCCACGCCACAGACCACAGCCCUUCUAAGAGGCUGUACUGCGCUGUAGUGGAAGGCUCCUCCACCACCUCCACUCUGUACUCACAGUGGACGGUGUCCUGGAGAGGGAGGGGGAACGUGGUCGGGGUACGGUGGAUCCACACCUCCAGAUGUCUUCAUGACGACUCUAAAGUAGAGAAGUCUCUCCGUUCUCUGAAGGAUAAGAACAAGAAGCUAGAAGAGGGCGGGCCGGUGUACAGUCCUACGGUAGACCAUACCAUAGUCAGGAGAACUAUAGGACAGCGCGUUCUAGACGAGGUUAAACACUACUACCAUGGCUUCAGACUGCUCUGGAUCGACACUACCAUCGCUGGACGCAUGCUGUGGCAGGUCCUCAACGGGCACCCCCUGUCCCGACGGGAGAGGAGACAGUUCCUAAGAACUUGUGCCGAUGUCUUUCGACUCCUUCCCUUCCUGGUGUUCAUCAUUGUGCCGUUCAUGGAGUUCCUGCUUCCUGUGGCACUGAAGCUCUUCCCCAACAUGCUGCCCUCAACCUUUGAGACGCAGUCCAAGAAGGAGGAGAGGCUGAAGACAGAGCUGCGUGUGAAGCUGGAGAUGGCUAAAUUCCUCCAGGACACUGUGGAGGAGAUCGCUCUGAGGAACAAGGCUGCCAAGGGCAACGUCACUGAGGAGUUCUCUACCUUCUUUCAGAAGAUCCGUGACUCAGGGGAGCGUCCCAGUAAUGAGCAGAUCAUCAGGUUCUCUAAGCUGUUUGAGGAUGAGUUGACUCUGGACAACCUGACUCGUCCUCAGCUGGUUGCUCUCUGUCGUCUGUUGGAGCUCCAGUCUAUAGGAACCAACAACUUCCUUCGCUUUCAACUCAUCAUGAAGCUACGAGCCAUCCGUGCUGACGACAAGUUGAUAGCGGAAGAGGGGGUGGACACUCUGAGUGUGAAUGAGCUCCAGGCAGCCUGUCGAGUCCGAGGGAUGAGAGCUCUGGGAGUCACAGAGGAGAGGCUGAGAGAACAGCUCCAGCAGUGGUUAGAGCUCCACCUGAACCAGCACAUCCCCACCUCACUGCUCCUCCUCUCCAGAGCCAUGUUCCUCCCUGAUACCCUCUCCCCUGCUGACCAGCUCAAGACCACCCUGCAGAAUCUGCCUGACAUAGUGGCUAAGGAGGCCCAGGUUAAGGUGGCUGAGAUGGAGCUGUCCCAGGUGGACAACAAGACCAAGCUGGAAGCAACGCUGCAGGAGGAGGCAGCGAUACGUCAGGAUAACAAGGACAGAGAGCUGGAGAGGCUGGCGGACGCAGCAGAGAGGACAGAGUUCUCCCUCUCUAAUGGGGACAUGUCUAAACACUCAGAGACACUACGGGACACUGCGCCUGUCCUAGAGGGCAUGAAGGGAGAGGAGAUCACUAAGGAAGAGAUAGACAUGUUGAGUGAUGCUUGUACCCAGCUGAAGGGACAGAAGAAGUUACUCACUCUGGAAAAGGAGGAGCUAGAGGACCUGAAAGACGAUGUGCAGGAGUACAGCGAGGACCUGAAGGAGAUAAAGAAGGAGUUAUCUAAGACUGGCCAGGAGAAGGCCGUGCAGGAGAGUAAGGCCUCUCAGCGGCUCUCUAAGAGGGUCAACAGGAUGAUCGGUAGGAUAGGAAAGAUCAUCACAGAGCUGGAGCAGGACAAGGUGGUCCUGGAUGGACAGAUGGACAGACCAUCCACUCCUCCUAUUGGCCUUCUGUUUACCUUUAGGGAGAACCUGAUCAGCAUCAACGAGCUCAUCACCGUCAUGAGACAGAUCCAGAACAUUCCAGAGCACAAGCUGCAGAGCAUCGCUGACGCGCUCGACGACAACAAGGACGGGAAGAUCGACAUUGACGAUGUCAUCAAGUUGGUGGAGUUGAUUGACAAGGAGGACAUUGACAUCAACACCAGCCAGGUAGCAGAAAUCAUGGUGAUGCUGCAGAAGGAGGAGAAGCUGCAAGAGAAGGAGAAGGCCCAGAAGGAGCAGGCUGCUAAGUUAAAUAACUAGCCCACAGAAGAGGCUCUGCUUGGGGGAGGAAUCCGCCUCCCAGAUGACGUAACCGGAGCUCAUCUCUGGACCCCAGACCUCCGUUCACCCUAAACUGACCUUGACCAGUCGACCAGCACCAUGCGCUACCAGCCAGCCACUCUAAACAGUUUCUUCCAACAGAAUUAGAGGCUGACUUUUUGUUCUAAAAUUUGUUUCAGAAAAAGGCUCUUGUGUCCUUAUGAACAUUAUUUCAACUUAUCCC